GUUUUCCAUUACAAUGAAUGGUGUGGAGAGAGCAAUGAAACAUGGACGAUGAAUACUGCAGAGCUUGUCUCCGUUGGCCAUUUUGCUUUCCCUUUCCGGCACAUACAAAAAAGAAACAGUUCCUUUGUCCGAUCUCCACUCCAAAAAUUUUUUAAAUCAACAUGAUCGUUAUAUGUGACGCCUUAACUAUAUUAAAGGAUAUUCGAACUGUUUCUCAUAGCGAAACUCUGCAAGACCACUUACGCAGUAUUGUAUUGCCAUGCCGCCGAAGAUACUUCGAGUCGAUCCGAGAAAUCGCCUGGGAAUCUCUCCUAUUUGAAGUGAAAGGCACGGCAUUAAUCGAGAUCAAGAGCACUCAGGUAGUGCCGGCAACGUAUUACACGCCUUGGGGAUUACAUUGUUAUAAGCCACCAGCCAACGAAAAUGAGGUAGUGCGCGUGUGUGUUCAUUAUCAUCAGUGUGAUACCCCGCUGGCAUUGUUUACAUUCAAGUUUUUGAAGGGAUUUGGUGCUACCACGAAAGACGUCAUCUUCCCUCUCUGUUUCGCAGUGUUCAAGAUACCAUUUCAAAUGUAUAAUCGCUUUUUCUCUGUUCAGUAAAGAGCUUUUCCCA